AUGAUGACGUGCCGUCUGCUGUGCGCCCUGUUGGUGCUCGCCCUGUGCUGCUCCCCGUCCGUGUGCGGGACAACGAGUGAAGAUCCAGCUGGCAAAUCUGUUUCAAAGGUUGACGAGGAAGAGGGACCAGGUAAGGGGACGGAGGAACCAAAGCAGGUAACGGAUCCGGCCGCUGAGUCACCGGGAAAAAUUGAAGGGUCCAAUACGCGAGGGGCUCCAGGUGGGGGACAAGCUCUGCCACAGCAUCCAAGUAAGGUGGCCGCUCCGGCAGGAAGUCCAGGUCCAACAAGUACGGUGUCUAUUACAAAAGAGGGGUCAGGUAGGUCCGGUAUUUCAGGGAGUCCAGGUCCGGUGGCCGAUACGGCACAGGAAAAUGGUGACAGCGAUACGACAGAGUCAAAAAGUGGCAAUAAUCCAUCCACAGACCAAACAAAUACGAAUGCCGACGAUUCCGCCCAGAAGACCACGGCGGCUACUACCACUACUACGACAACCACGACGACUACAACAAUGGCAUCAACCACGACGACCACUACAACAAAGGCACCAAGUACUACGACUACAGAGGCGCCAACCACGACGACCACCCGCGCACCGUCACGUCUUCGCAAAAUCGACGGCAGCCUCAGCAGCUCUGCGUGGGUGUGUGCCCCGCUGCUGCUCGCCGUAUCCGCGCUGGCGUACACCACUCUGGGCUGA